AUGGAAACACACCUGGCUAGAGAAGUAUGCACACGUUUCACGGACAUCAGACCGGUUAUCAAAAGUGGAAUACAGAGUGUACAGCAGGUGAAAAAGACGACGGAGAUGAUGGGGGAAAACGGGACGACGAAGGAAAUAUCCAAUUUCCUAUGGGUGGUCCCUCUCGAAGCGAACCACAAAGUUGAGGAGAUGUAUAAAAGAAUGGAGGAAGUGAAAGGAAAGAUCCCAGAAGGAGAGAGAAACAUAAACCUCAUGAUCCAAGAACAACUGGAUGAUAGAUAUGCGAGAAAAUGUACGGAGGCGAUUUUUCAUAAGACGGUUACACAAAUUACCGUAUGGAACAACAAACCACAAAACAAAGAGCCUGCAGAUCUGAAAACUGAAAAGAUCAUACUUAAAACUGAAGGAAAGGACUAUGCUAGUGCCCUGAGGAGCAUAAGGGAGACCGUUAACCUUGAACGUAUAGGGGUUAAAGUCAAAAAUAUUAGGAAAACAGCACAAGGGGAUGUAAUGCUAGAGGUGCUGGGAGGAAAGGAGAAAGCACAGGCAUUUAAAGGUGCGAUCGAAAAGGAAAAUGAUGGCUCAAAAGUCGAAAUUAGGCGGGACACGAGCACCAUAUACAUAUCCGACAUAGAGGCUGAUAUCACAGAAGAGGAUAUUAGGCAAGUGAUCAUAGGGAACUGCCGGAAAAUAGAAGGUGAAAUCCAAAUCAAGAUGAGGGAAAAUAGAAAUGGGAACCAGAACGCGAUGAUAACCAUAGACAGGGAUGCAGCGAGAAAUAUCCUGAGAAGGGAAACUCUAAAAAUCGGCUGGAUGUCGUGCCGAAAACGCAAAGUACUAGACACUUCUCUGGAUGCAGUGGACCCAUACAAGCAGAGGGAAAGCACCGAAGUGUACACACUAAAUGAAGCAAUCGAGAGAAACCGGACCCUGAUAGAGAAACUUAAUAAAAUUGUGAAAGAAGUCCCAAACACACAUAAAAAUCUAAAAGAAACAAUAGUACAAAUCAGCAAAAACGCCAAAGAAUUUGAAAGGGCUAGCGUCGUGAGAUGGCUAGAGGAACACAAAUUUGAGCCAAUAGAAAAAAUAACUUACGACAUGGAAUCCCAGACACUAACCACAACAAAGAAGACAGCGGAGGCAGCGACUCAAACAGAGCCGUGGCACGGGAACACUCAAACACUCAGAACACUGGCAGGAAUCGACAACUUGGAAAAAUUUAGAUCUAUAGAGAACCACACCUGGGGUCAGGAGGUUUACCAAAGCACCCGGAUAACCGUGGGAAAUCCCUUGUCUACAAGCGACAACACCACCAAAGUGGUCCUACUAGAACCAGGAGACCCAGAGAUGACAAAUAGUAUCCAGAGACUUUACAGGGACAAGUUUCCGGAACUUGUUAACAUUAGUAAGGACUUCGAGGUUAUAGAGCAAAUAACUAAGAUUAAAUCAAACACAUGCGAACCGGAACUUAGCUCAAAAAAGAUAAUUAAAAUAAAACACGAUGGAACCACCGAGGACAUUUGGAACAAGCUAACAAUGCUCAGAGAGGAAACCCUGCAUGACGAACAGGUUGCGAUACAUCACAUAAACAAUAUAAGCAUAGAAACUCUUAGGAAAAUGACGGAGACGGUCUUUCAGUCAUGCGACAAGAAAGUGACUAUUUACACCACGGCAAGCCAAAACGAGACCGAAAAGGUAAGGUCUACUUACGGGAUGAUCGUAAGUGAAGGGGGGAAGUCCUAUAAGGGCAUCCUUGGAAAGGUCAAGUCGAUUGUAGGCACAAACCAAUCUGCUAAAUACAUAAGGGGACUCAGGAGCACAAAGGAUGGAAAGCUACUUCUCACCCUAGGUAAAGACAGCAUGGCUCUUAAAAUAUACAUGAUGCCCUAA